AUGAGAAAGAGAAGGAUCAACUGUCUCUCAGAUCCAUCGUCGGUGAUAAAACCCUAAUAGAGGAAGGAGAAGGACGAAUGGUGACCUGUUUAUCACAUCCCAUCGACCAGAAAACCCUAGGAGAGGACCCAUAGCAGGGACCUCCAUUCAUGCGGUGGCGGCGAUCCAUAAAUCACCCGCAACCCAUGAUUGUAUGUUGACUUUAUAAAUACUUCCUACUAUAUCGUCAUCCCCUCUUGGGCGCAGACGGCGAUGGCUCUGGCGAUGGCGGUGGCGGCGUCGGCGGCGGCGAUCGCUCACGUCGGCAAGUACGGCGAGCCCAAAGCCGGCUGGGUAUCGGUUUGCGGCUACUUCCCGAACUUCUGCCACCGAACGGGCCUCUCCCUGGUUCUGUGCUUCGUCGGCUUCAUCAGCUGCUUCCUCUCCACCGCCACCAUGCACGUUGCUGGCGCAGAUCCCCAACUAUGACAGCCACGUCCGCUUCCCGUAGCUCUGUAAUUAUUUAGGGUUUCCGUCGAUGGCGGGUAGGCGUCGUUUAGGGUUUCUGAAGGCCCGCAACUUCUAUUUUGGGUGUCUUCCUGAUUCUCCAUUUUUAUUUUGAGUGUUCCCCCGCCGUCAUUAAGACUUCCUAGUUUCGUGGUGUUCUUCUUUAGCUUCUCCUGCUCUCCAGACUAACCAAAUGCCCUCUUGGACUGAGCUUUGUUUCUGAAUGAAGUUGACCUUUGGAGCCUCAGCCCAGAACCCUAUACCCUAGAACCAGAGCCUCUAACUUUUUGUGGCGUAUUAGCAACCUUGUCGGCAGGGAAAAACGCAAUUUUCAUACAAACAAGAGCCACUGCUAUAACUUUUUUCUAAUUUUUUACAUAUCGCAUUCCCAUAAACAGCUAAGAAAGACGAAUCCUUGUGCUUAG